UGGCCAACCCCCGCCCCCGCUCUGUUUUAACCCUCGGGGGACGCCGUAGCUCUUGCUCCGCUUGCGAGGUGAUGUGGGCGGAUGUGACGAUGGUGCAGCCGCGGGAUUCAAACUCCCGGAAGCGAAGCAGGGACUGAGCGGGACAGCUGCUGCGCUGUGCCGCCCGGGUCUGUUGCCCGCCCUGGGGUGUGCGCUGCUAGACGUGGGGCGCGGUGGGAGCUGAGAGCCCUGCGUCGUCUGAGCUCCGUUAAAGCUGCGGGAGAGGCCCUGUCCUGCUUGGAGGGAAGGCGUUUCUUUGCGUUUGUCUGUGUAGGCGCUGGAAAAUGAAUUCUAAGACGGCUAAGGCCGCGAUUAUUGGUAAAUGGGGCUUAAAGUCCGGUAGCUCCAGGCUAGUGAGCGAUGUUGAGAAGUACAAGCUGGAGAACGCAGCCCUGAGGAAAUCUCUGGAGGAAGUCACCAAGGGGAAGGGCCGAGCGGCGGACCCGGAGCGGAGCCGGCUGCUGGAGAAAAUACUUUGUCUUGAAAAAGAAAAAGAAAAAUGCAACCAUCUUCUUGGAGAGAAGGACAAAGAAAUCCAAAACCUAAGAGACAGGCUUAAGUCCAAAAACAAGAAUGGUGAAGUAUCCAUAUUACACAGUCAACUAGAAGAAAAAACAAAGGAAGCAGAAAGGAGAGAACAGUUACUUAGUUCUCUAUCAGAAGAAAUGAACCGAUUAAAAUGUAAUUUAUCCACUAUUACUGCAAAAUGCUCUGAGAUUGAAAACAGAACUGGUAGUUCUCAGGUAUCCCAGGAAGCUGUAACCAACAGCCCUGGAUCUUCAACUAAUCUUAGUGAAGUUGAAAAACAGCUGAAAGAUGCUCUUGAGAAAAACCAACAGUGGUUACUGUAUGACCAGCAACGUGAAGCAUAUGUCAGGGGACUGCUGGGAAGGAUCUUUGAACUUGAACAGAGGUCAGAAAUUGUUAGCCAGCAACAACCGAAAGAAUCCACUGCAGAAGGUCAUCUACAAGAAGAAAAGCAAAAACAUUAUGAUCAGCUCUUGCAAAAUGUGAAGAGUGAUCUUGAGGCUGAAAGAUGCACUGUAACCCAGCUGAAAUGUGAACUUAAUGAAUUCAAAAAAAAGUAUGAGCAAAGGCGACAAGAAAUAAUGAGUUUAAAUGCAUUACUGCAGUCACAACAGGUUGUUGAAAUGAAGGAUCUAGAAAAUGAAAACAAAAAUAAAGGAGAGAAAAUACAGAUACUAAAACAAGAAAAUGAAAGUAUUAAAGUACAGCUAAGAGAGGAAAAGAAGAAGUCUGAAGAUCUCUUAUCUCAGGUACAGCUUCUUCGUAAAUCACUGCUCAAACAGCAGGAGGAACAUGCUAGGAUAGCUUUCUUGGAACAACAGAUCCAAGUAUGCACCACAGACUUGGAGAAUGAAAAGCUUGACCGCCAGGACUUGAAGCGUCAGUUAAACAAAAUCCUUAAGGAAUUGUUCAAGGCUAGGGAGCAAAUAACUCGUCUUGAACCUCUGCUCCAGGAGUCUGGACGUAUGGAGCCACAAGAAGAUUUGCAAGUGGCAUUUGAAGAGAAGAUUGCAGCGUAUGAUAGUAGUCCUUCCCUGAAACAUUCAAAUCUCCUUGAUGAAAGUUUUCUUGAGUGUCCCAGAUGUAAAGUGCAGUAUCCAACAAGCCAGCACAGAGAAUUACUAGCGCAUAUUGACUUCUGUACAGCUUAAGCUCCAAAUGGACUUCUAUUUCUCUUUAUGCACUCCCAAUAUACUGUUUAUAAAGGCAACAUAUUUUUUGUAAAACUUUUCUUUUAAGGUUAUAUGAAGGACUACUAACUUUGUAUUUCUGUUCAAUGAAAACAGUAAUUUAUUUGGCCUCAAAUAUUCCACCUGACUUUUGUGGAAAUGGCCAUUGCAUUUUUGCUUACAAAUGGAAGUAUCUGUAGAAUUAGGACUAUUUCCUAAUAGUAAACUACUGAUCUUUCUUGCACUAUUAAAACCGAGACCGGUAAAAAUGCACCUACUGUGUCAGACUAAUACUUGGCAUAUCCAGUUCUGAAACUGGCAGAAAACUUUGAGUGUUUACUGAUUUGCAAUCACAGCACAAUUCUCUUAUAGCAUCUACUGUAAAGCUGGGUUUGUUGCUAGCAUUUUCCUCGUUGUACCUGUAGUGAACUCCAACAAGUUGUUAUUAUCAUAAGAAUGAUUAAAUUGAGGACUUCUUAAAAGGCAAUAAUGAAGAUAAA